AUGGAGUGGCUUCGGGUGUGGCCGUUCUUUGGACUCGUUGUUUUCACCGCAGCCCAGAACUCCACAAACAGCCAUCCCCAUCGGUCCUCCUACCUGCUUUUGGUUCCGAAGGUUCUCCGCCCAGAGGUCCGAACUCAGCUGUCCGUCACCGUCCUGACUUCCAGGCCGCUCACGGUGCAGGCUCACAUUCUGCACGGCAACAGCAGCGUCGCUUCCAAUUCAACCAGAGUUGGUGGAGACCGGUCUAACAUAGCUUUGUGCAGCCAGCCCCAGAACAGGCUUUCUCGUCCUCGUCUGCAGGUUCUCGCCAGUGAGCUGAGCUACUGGCGUCCAUACCAGCUGUUGGUCAGCGGCUACGAUGGGAACACCGUGACCUUCACCAACUCCACACGCCUGCGCUUCAGCCCCAAAUGCCUGUCCACCUUCAUCCAGACAGACAAGAACAACUACAAGGCCGGGCAGGAGGUGAAGAUCCGGGCCGUGUCCGUUCACCCGGAUGGUAAACCCCACAAGGAACCGGUCGAUAUAAUCAUUAAGGAUUCCAGAGGGAACAUGGUCAGACAGUGGUUUUCUGUAGACGGCGUUCUCGGUGUCGUAUCCAAAACACUUCAGCUGUCUGAAAACCCGCCGCUCGGCAAGUGGACUAUUGUUACCACAGUCAGCGGAGUGGUCAGUCAGAAGCAUUUCACUGUGGCUCAUUAUGUGCUCCCCAAGUUUGAGGUCCUGAUAGAUGCCCCUGCUGUUGUAUAUCAUGAGGACAGUCUCGGGGGCUUUGUCACAGCGAGGUACAUGUACGGUAAACCUGUCCAGGGGCACGUGAAUAUAACCUACUUCCACCAUUUCCAUGGCAUUGAAGUGGCGUAUGAUGACGGAAAAGAGAUUGACGGCACUGCAGAUUUCAUGUUUGAUGUUCCCAAUUACCAAGAGAUGUCCAUCCAGUCUGAGGACUACCUGUACUAUGAAAGCUACAGCAACGAGGAGUUUUUAACUAUCGUGGUUCACGUGACAGAGUAUUUGACAGGAGUGACGCAUAACAGCACAGCCACUGUGUCUCUGGCGAAGCGACGGUACAGGCUGGAGUUUGAUGGCUACCCCGCAGUGUUAAAGCCCUCUGUGAAUUUCACUGCUGAGCUGAAAAUAUUCACAUAUGAUGGCCACCCGCUGACUGCGGACGACCAAGGAAAGAUGGCGACAGUUAUAGUGAUGCAACGCAAGCGAAGUGUAUGGAGUUGGAGAUGGGAUGAGUCAGGAGGACUGUUGCCUCGUAUGGGCAACAUGUCAGAGCCUUACAGCACUACUGCCCCAAAAGAGGAGCAGAUGCUUGUCCAGGAAAUGUUGUUACCUGUUCCCGCAGAUGGAGUCAUCCCCAUUUUCAUUCAGCUCUACGAUGAAAUUGAAAGCCUCAUUAUCGAUGCUUCUUUUGAGGAUGGCGAACAGACGCUGCAGCUCUACAACAGCUACUCAUCGCCCAGCCAGUCUUACCUGCAGAUUCAGACACCGCAGCACCCUCCACAGGUGAAGUCCAGGGGUCAGAUCGUAUCUGCUGGUAAAGGUUCUGCACCUCUAGCUCUGGUCCCGGAGGAGUCAUGGGCGCCUCUGGCCUGUAUUAUAGUCUACUGUGUACAGCCGGGUGGAGAGGUUGUCAAUGACGCAUUACAGCUGCACAUCACCCAAGCCCUGAAGAACCAGGUAUCUCUGAAAUGGAGCGAGGAAAGGGUGAGACCAGCUGACAAGGUCUCUCUGAGUGUCUCGGUGGCAGAGCCUGGCUCUCUGGUGGGGAUCCUGGUGGUGGACAAGGCCGCUCGCGGGUCCAAACCGCACAAUGACAUCACCACUGAAACGGUGCUGGAGGAGAUGGAGCAGUACAGCUUCGACAAGGCGGACCUCUCCCCCGCUGGGAUGAGAACUGGAGAUCCAUACUCCAUCUUCACGAUGUGUGGCCUCGAGGUGUUGACUGACGCGAAUUUACAUAUGAUGGACAACCGACCGAGGCCUGAAUUACCAGGGGAGGGAAUACACGUUUUUGACCAGGAUUACGGUUCAUACAUGGAGGACGGUCGGGAGCCACGGGAACGCAGGAGUUUUCCAGAGACCUGGCUGUGGCUGGAAUCUCACACAGGUGAUUCAACCACAGCAGAGAUGACGCUGACAGUGCCGGACAGCAUCACAACCUGGACCGCCACAGCCUUCGUUAUGUCUCAGAACCUGGGCCUGGGGAUCUUAGAGACACCUGUGGAGUUGAUAGUAUACCAGGAUUUUUUCCUGUCUCUGAAUCUGCCGGCCUACAUUAUCCGUGGAGAGGAGCUGGUCCUGGAAGUCUCUCUAUUCAACUACCUCCCACAUGACCUGGAGGUCAUGGUGAUUGUUGCCGAGAGUGAAACGUUUGAGUUUGUCUUCCCGGACAAUGAGGAGCUCUCCAUGGCCAGCGUACGCCGGCUGUCUGUGGGUCGCGACAGCGGGGCCUCCGUCCUAGUUCCCAUCAAGCCCCUGGUCCUCGGAGAGAUCCCCGUCUCCGUCAAAGCCAUUUCGUCUGUGGCCUCGGACGCCAUCCGCAAGAUGGUUCUGGUUAAGCCGGAGGGACUUGAACAGUCAUUUUCGACCUCUCUGCUGUUGGAAUUUGCUGCCUCUGAAAGAACCCUCUCCAGAGAAAUCACUUUCACCUUCCCGGCAGAUGUGGUGGAGGGCAGCGAGAGAGCGAAAGUGACAGCAGUCGGAGACAUCUUGGGUCCGUCCAUCACGGGCCUGGACUCUCUGAUCCAGAUGCCCUACGGCUGUGGGGAACAGAAUAUGAUCCACUUUGCACCCAACAUCUACGUCCUCCAGUACCUCGGUGCCUCCGGGCAGACCGACCAGGCCUUGGUGGAUAAAGCGACGUCCUACAUGUUGAAAGGUUAUGAGCGGGAGCUGGCCUACCAAAGAGCCGACGGCUCCUUCAGUGCAUUUGGAGACAGCGACUCAUCUGGGAGCACUUGGCUGACUGCGUUUGUACUGAGAUGUUUCCUACAGGCCCGACCCUUCAUCAGCAUCGACCCGCUGGUUCUUCAGAGAGCGGCGGCCUGGCUGGGAAGUCAGCAGGGGGUGGAUGGGAGGUUUCUGGAGCCUGGUAGGGUCAUCCACACGGAGCUCCAGGGAGGUCUGGACGGCCCCGUGGCCCUCACUGCCUACGUCCUCAUGGCUCUGCUGGAGGACGACACCCUCAAGGGCGGCUAUGCCAGCCGGGUGUCGGCGGCUCUGCUGUAUUUGGAGACUCGGCUGGCUCUGGGCGUCUCCAGUAACUACAGCCUGGCUCUGCUCUGCUACGCCCUCAGCCUGUCUGACAGCUCCAGCUCCAACCAGAGCCUCAACCAGCUGCUGGGACGGGCUGAGAUGAGAGAUGGCGUGCCAUUCUGGAGCUCCCCACACGUCGGCCUCUCUGCCUCCUGGCAGCCUCGCACGACGGACAUCGAGAUGGCUGCCUACCUGCUGCUGUCCCUGCAGCAGGGGGACCGGACAGAGGAGGGUCUGGCCCUCAUGAAGUGGCUCAGCCAGCAGCGCAACCACCUGGGAGGAUACGGCAGCACACAGGACACCGUUGUGGCCCUGCAGGCCUUGUCGACGUUUGCAGCGUCCAGUGGAUCUGAUGACCUCAACCUAACCAUUCGGGUCAACACAGGCCCUUCAGACACCGUGGCCUCCUUCCACAUCGACCACACCAACCACCUGCUCCACCAGAGCCAGCGGAUUGAUGCAGAAGAAGAGUUGACCCUCCAAGUCACUGCAGAGGGUCAAGGUUUUGCUCUCUUUCAGCUCAACGUCUUCUACAACACAGAAGGCCGAGGUCUGUCCAGGAGGAGGCGAGACGUGGGCGAGCAGGAGGCGUUCAUCCUGGACGUGGAGUUAUUUGACAGUGAAAUGUAUCCGGCUCACCUGUAUAUCUGCACCAGGCUGUCGGGGGAGCGGGGCCUGAAUGAGACGGGCAUGGCCAUCAUGGAGGUGGGUCUGCUCAGCGGCUUCAGUCUGGCCCAAGACGGCAUCCGGACCGGGUCGGUCGUAAGGAGGAUUGAGACGACUCCGGGGAAAGUCAUCCUGUACUUGGACUCUGUGACGACAUCGGAGAUGUGUGUACGAGUUCCUCUGACUCUGGAAUACAAAGUGGCCAAAGUCCAGCACGCAGCCGUUGUCAUCUACGAUUAUUAUGAGCCACGGCGGCGGACGGUCAGGACGUACACCUCAGAGAGGAGACACGACAUGACUUCCUGCUCGUUCUGUGGGCACGGAUGCAGCGAGUGCAGACCACCGCACCAGCCCACCUUAGCCGACCACGCCAACCAGAACGCCGCGACGCUCCGACUGCUGUGUGCCCUCCUCGUCCUCUGUGUCCUCCGCCUGUAG